CGCAAAGAACAGAAGCAUCUGUGCCGCAUUACACAUCCGGGUCCUCCCCCAACAAAACAGAACGCAAAGAACAGAAGCAUCUGCGCCGCAUUACACAUCCGGGUCCUCCCCCAACAAAACAGAACGCAAAGAACAGAAGCAUCUGCGCCGCAUUACACAUCCGGGUCCUCCCCCAACAAAACAGAACGCGUGGCAGAACGGAAGCAUCUGUGCCGCAUUACACAUCCGGGUCCUCCCCCAAUGGGGAGCAUUAUUUUCUAGGACUAAAGCACGCGCGCGGCCUCGGCCCACCGCCUGAGACAGGAGGCGCGAGCUGCAUCUCACCUCAACUUGAACCGGGUUGAUUCGUCGUCAUGACGGGCAGGAAGGCUGUUGAGGUGUAUUUGGACCUUCUGUCGCAGCCCUGCCGGGCGGUGCACAUUCUGCUCAACUAUAAUAGAGUCCCGCACAGCGUCCGGACGGUGGCGCUGAGGAGGGGUGAGAACAAAACUCCAGAGUUCACUAAGUUGAAUCUGAUGCAGAAAGUUCCUGUCAUGGUGGACAACGGGUUUGUCCUCACUGAGAGUGAUGCCAUCCUAAAGUACCUGGUCUCCAGGUAUGACAUCCCACAGCACUGGUAUCCACGGCAACUGGAGAGGAGAGCCAGGGUGGACGAAUACACAGCCUGGCAUCACACACACACACGACCACAUGCUGCUAAAGUCUUUAUACUGGAGGUUCUGCUGCCCCGUAUGAUGGGAUCUCCUCCUGACCCAGUCAAACUGAGUCGGGCUCUGGCUGAACUGGGAGAGACUCUGGACAGACUGGAAUCCAUGUUCUUAAAGAGACAGCCCUUCCUCUGCGGUGAUGACAUCACACUGGCAGACCUACUGGCCAUCUGUGAGCUCAUGCAGUUGGGGGCGACAGAGAUGUUCUGGAGAACCGACCACAGCUGCAGCAAUGGCGCCGCCGCGUCCAAUCGGCUCUGGGGGAGUCCUUCGAUCAGGCCCAUGCCGUCCUCUACGCACUACGUGAUCGCAACAAGGCCAAGCUGUGAAUCAGCCUUUAUCCAGCCAAUCAAAGCAGGGCUGAGGUGUGACGUCAUGGAGGGCGGGGCAGGUGUCUGGACAGGAAGACACCAGAGUCCUUCUGGUUUAACCUGUUUACACCAAAUCUGGAGCGAACCAGCUGGUCUGUCUGAAUGAACAGUUGUCUUCGUCUCAGUCAUGGGUCUUUUGUGUUCAAGUUGAUUUUAAAUAUUUAAAAUAUUAAUAUUAAAUAUUUUAAUAUUAAUGACAACACCAAGAGUAAAUCUGUGAUUCUGUAAAAUGGAAUAAACUGAGCAACUGGUUUCUUCUUGUCAGUCGCAGUAACACAGGUGCUGCAGGCAGACAAGGUUCCGGGUUUGAAAGGAAUUCUCUUUAUGUGAAGCGAAUGAUUUUCAUUGUUGUGUUAUGAAAUUAUUCAAUUCUGAGCGUUAAAUCAAAACUGAAAUGAAAUUCAACAUUGCCAGUAAGCAGACCUGAACUGUUUCACCUCGAGUCAUCUUAACUGACCAGCAUGCGGCAGCAGCAGGGCAUUGUGGGAAAGUGUUCGUGGUCUCGGUAGAUUGUGGGCUUUCAAUCAAUAAAUAUUCUGUUGAGUCAG